GCGAGGUGCGGGGUAUGCAUAGUAUAUGGUGUACAGCAGUGUAGGGGUACGCAUAGUAUAGGGUGUAGCAGUGCACAGAUCCAUGGAACACUGUACAGGCGCAUCGAACUUGAUUGACGCCGCAAAGUCGCAACAGCAACCAAAAGUUCAUAAGUUCAUUCAUUUGGUACGCGUCCUGCACGUCAGAGGGUGUCGGGCCCAUCAGAAAUCAACUCGAACAAAACCAACAGAACCAUCACGUUCUGGCUUCUUUUCUCUCAAACCCAAAGUUCUCGCUCCAUCUAUCUCUCUCUUCUCUCUCUUUUCGUGCCCAGCCUCCCUUCUCCCUCCCCACUUCUCCGCACUCCGCUCUUCCCUUCUUCCUCAUAUCUUUCCAACCACCAGACAUCAUCACCGAAAGCAUGCAGAACGAACGCAGGGACGCCGGUGUCGUGUCCAGAGCCGCGGCGGCCGUGCUCUUGGUGAGCUGCCUCGUGGUCGGCAUCGUCAUCGGUGCUCGCGGCUCUUCGUCCUCUUACAACCUCAGGACCCAGCAGUACUCGGCGGCUUCAGUCGGCUCUGCGCCCUCAGCUGCCGGGUCCGACGACAAGCCGGCGGGCAACCUCGUCCUCCCCAAGCCCCUCAAGCACACCGGAGACAAGAAACUCGCUGGAGACUUCGACGUGGGUAGCCCUGCCGGAGCCUGGGGCCCUGAUGACGAGGAGAAGGACGACUGGGUCAACUUGUUUGGCAUGGACGGCGCCCGCACACGCGAGGGCGGUGCCUCCCCGGCCGCCAACCUGCCGAGGCUGAACAACCUCAUGAUCGAAGACAUGUCGUUCUCGUUCAGCUACGACUACUAAGAAGGCGCGUGGUUCCACUAAAAACAUUCUAGUGUUUGGCUCUGGAAAGCUUACUGACGACAUUCAGACGGCCAGGCGCUGAGGAGCGGUCCAGCGGCAAGUCUGCAAACGACUACGGCCGCGGGUGUGGGAUGGCGGGAAGCACACACACGUAGGGGCUAGGCGGUUUGUCAGUCGAGAACGAAGAGGACGGGGAAACAUGUUUUUUUUUGUUACUUCCAAGGAUGAGAGGGGACCAAAAGCAACUUUUGGUGCGUACAUUAGUUUUUUUUUUUCAGAUGAGGGGGUUGAGGGAGUGUACGACGUGUGUCGGCGGUGUACUUUGGACAGGGGCGGAGCGUUCUUAUCCUCGUAUAAAGUUUCCAGCGUGUUUGAACACGACGGUGGAAGGGGAGGAAUUUUGUAGUGAGACGCCCAUAUUUUCCUGGGUAAUAUUAGCUCAACCGUCAAAGAAAUGUCGCCUAGUUGCUGUACCGACUCGAGGUAGAGGGUGACUGCAUCCAAGGCUUUGGCUUCCUCACCUCAUCAGCACAGCAUGUACAACUAUUUUGUUUAGCCGCUUGUUUGUGUGCCUGCUGGGUUGAAUGUCUCAUCAUCGCGGUCAUCUUGAGUACGGAAGUACCCUGGCAGCAAGAGCCCCAAAUCUCGACGACUUGUAGCGCUCAUUGUUCGAAGACUUGCCACAACAACGUUUCUUGUCGGAACUGUUGCAGGCCAUCGAAAAAUAUGGGCUCUGCCUGUGGGUGGAGGUGGUUUUUGUCAGUAGUGAGGUGACGAGGGUGUUCACUCCCGACCGGUCACUCUCACGCGUCGACGUGAGCGCCCUUCGCCGCCAGCGAAUCACCCCGAAAGUUGGCCUUACCCGAUUCUUAGGGCUCGUCGCACAGUUCGAGCUUGUCCCAGGCUGUUGAGGAGGGAGCUAUCAUUAUGUUAUUUUAUACCAUUGGGUUUUGGUAGUAGGUGUGGUAGUGGCCUCUUCAGGCCGGAAGAGCCAUGUGUUGUUUGUACUUUCCCCUGUUUUCUCCUUUGGAGCAAAUGCGAGAUUCUUUGUUCAUGUCACUCUUCCAAUUGGUUGUGCAAAGGAAGGCGCGGUUGUGGUUCGGGUGUUGGCUUGGUUUGACCUCGGAAACUCAAUAUUUCCUGAUCCGAUAGGCUGUUUCUUACAGAACCGGAUUCUUGAUCUGAAAAAUCGAUUUUUUCGGCCGGACAAUAAUCCGGCUGGGAAAAACGUACGACCCUUCUUACAGGAACCGGAUUUUAGUCAGCGGAUUUUUUGCUGGACUGUCAUGUAUUUUUGAAAUGCAGCGCGCGCGCACGCGCGGGUAAAAAGUGCCAGCACGACAUACACGCGCACAGCAGCAGACCUCACGCGGCAGACCACACAACCAUUGCACAACAUGCCCGAUGGAGGUGCAUCUGAGCAGCCUGAGGCGCUCUUGCUGAAUUACAACCCAUUGGCGAAGGCCGCUGUCGCACACUUUGGCGACUGCAUCGAGGGCGGCAUGACGAAGAAGCAGAUAAUGUUGCAGCUGCAGAGCGUUUGCGCCACCUACGCUUGCCAGGGAGUGAAGCGGAACGCUGGCUUGACAAACAAGAAGAGUAAACAGAAAGCUGCGACCCACGCUUACAAGACAAUCG